AUGUCGAGAAAGAAUCUUCAGCGACUGAUCAAGACUAGGUUCCAACUCUUCCAGGGUGCCACCUCCUCACCCCGAGACACUGGAUUCACCCUUUUCUCUUCAUCAACCUUAUUCUUCAAAUAUCUCCCGUCGUGGCUCAAGAAAGACAUUUCCAAGCUCACCUGGAGCGUAUCAACAUCAGCAUUCGACAACACCGUCCUGAGAGGUCUCCCCCUAGCUAUCGACCAUCCUACGACCGGUAAGCUAUGCCUUCGAUACCACGAACCUUGGCCGCAGUCCAAGACGCGAUUUGAUGCUUCGGAUGUUACAAUCGACGGGCUCGAAGCUACAGAGAGCGCUGCGAUUUGCGAAACCAUCGACUCGGUCCUGUAUGAUCGUCGGGUUGCGCUGUACUAUGCUUGGGAUAAGGGUGAUAUCUUGGUCAGCGAUAACAUCUUGAUGAUGCAUACCAGGAGUGAUUUCACCGCUGGCGUUGAUCGUGAGCUAUGGCGAAUUCACUUUGACUAG